CCAGAUAAAACCAAGCUGGCUUUGUUUUCAAUUUUCUUUUUAAUGGCUAAUAUACUUUAAUUUCGUGGUCAUUCCAAUUACACAGUUUGGUGGAAAUACGCAUUGUUCUUUUUCGCACCCGUGCAACAGCUGUGCACCAAAAUGAACCCGAACGGCAGCAACCAGACAGCGGGGACUCCAGCUCCAGCGCAGCCCUCACCCAGCGAAAUUGUCCAGAACUUCAUCGUGGGCGUGGACACAGGGCUGGUGCGGGCAGAUCUGGCCGAUGACUGCAUCCUCAGCCUCUUCGGGCGCCACAUUAGGGGCGUCGUGGCUGUGACUGGCUUCAUCCGCACCCAGAUAUUUAACCGCUUCAAGCACAUCGGCUUCGAGGAGGCCCGACCCUGCACUCCGUCGAAGGAGGUGGCCAUUAAGGAGCGCUUCGGGCGCAGCUUCGAUCGAGUGCGCCGCCGGAUCCAUGAGCAGAAGGAACGAGAACGAGCCAACGCGGAUGUUGGUGUACGGCGGCUUGCGGUUGAUGACAUGGAGGAGGACGUGGACGCGCUGCCGCGCAGUUCCCCUCAUCUCGUUACGCCUCCCCGUCCGACCCGACACGUCAUGGACAUGCUGCAGUACAUCGAGGCACGCGGUGUGAUGGAGGACGUCGAGGGGAACAGCAAUGACGGCGGCAUUCAGCUGGGCGACUCACAGCACGUCCUGCUCACGCUGGGCUACCGCCACACUCCGACAGCCAGCCUGAGCCUGCGCGACAUCGAGAUUUGCCUGGCCGUCUACGAGGACUACCGCACAUUUCCACGGCAACGGGCACGCGCGUCUGCUGCCAUCACAAGCAAUCCCCUGACUGACGACGAGGCUGAAGAGCCAGCGGUCAGCGGCCUUCUGCGAGGCCAUCUGCGCAGUGUGCGGCGCACACUCUUCGCCAGGGCCGAGAGCGAGGAGCCGGAACAGAACCCACUGGAGGAUUCAGCCGAGCCCGUGCCCGCGGAACCAUCGCCCUCCAGCUCGCAGUCCCAGUGCGAGUCCCAGGGCCCAGUUCCAGUGCCACCCACCCCGCCGCCACCGCCGCCCGCAGCAGAUGGCGCCGGAGACAUGCCCGCCACCAGUUCUGGCUACCCAACACGCAAGCGUCAGCAGCAGCGUGAGACCGAGGUGUCGCCCAAGCGCCCGGGACGCUACGGCCUGCGCUUCUAGGACCAAUGCGCCAGCCAAGCCGCACACAGCCCGAAAAGCAAUUCAGUUGAGUUGAAUAACCAAUUAGUUCGGUUUGAAAUUCCGCUAGCACAAUUUGUAACAUUAAUCCGUGGAUAUUCUCCCCAUCUGUUGGCCCUUUUGUAUGCUAUGCAUACGAAAUCGAAAUCCCACAGUCCCCCCUCCCCACCCCAGUGCCCACCGUUUAGGCAAGAGUAUUCGUAUCUAGGUGCAAAAAGACUGAUUCUGAUUCCAUUUAUUUGGGCAAGACACUCACCCCCCACCACUGCAAUCCCCUUUCCAGAGGCCCCAAAAUUAUGUACUGUGUUUACAUAAAUUCUAUAU